AUGAAGACAUUUUUCAUCUUCUCUCUCCUUCUCCUUCCUCUCUUAGCCUCAUGUGCAGAACAAAAACAGGUCUACAUAGUGUACUUUGGUGAGCACAGUGGAGAAAAAGCUCUGCAUGAAAUUGAGGACACACAUCACUCAUAUUUGCUCUCUGUGAAAGAAACAGCGGAAGAAGCCAGAGCUUCUCUGCUUUACAGCUACAAGCACAGCAUCAAUGGCUUUGCAGCAGUGCUUACUCAAGAUGAAGCUUCCCAGUUAUCUGAGUUGGAAGAAGUUGUUUCUGUGUGGGCUAGCCACCCAAAAAAGUACUCUAUGCACACCACAAGGUCAUGGAAGUUUGUAGGCAUAAUGGAAGAGGAAGAGAGGCAUUGGACAAGCAACAAGAUGGGAGGAGACUUCUUAUCCAAAGCCAGAUUUGGCAAGGACAUCAUAGUUGGGGUUCUUGACAGUGGUGUCUGGCCAGAAUCAAAGAGCUUUAGUGAUGAAGGAAUGGGACCCAUUCCAAAAUCAUGGAAGGGAAUCUGCCAAUCUGGACCUGGUUUCAAUUCAUCUCACUGUAACAGGAAGCUCAUAGGAGCUCGCUACUACCUCAAAGGAUUCGAGCACAACUACGGCCCUCUAAAUGCCUCAGAGGACUACCAAUCACCACGUGACAUGGAUGGCCAUGGCACACACACAAGCUCCACCGUGGCAGGACUGCUCGUUCCCAACGCCUCGGCCAUGGGGGGUUUUGCCCGUGGCACCGCCUCUGGCGGUGCCCCAUUGGCACACCUUGCCAUAUACAAAGUGUGCUGGGCAAUACCAGGCCAGUCCAAGGCUGAUGGCAACACAUGCUUUGAAGAAGACAUGUUUGCAGCCAUUGACGAUGCCAUAGGCGAUGGUGUUGAUGUAUUGAGCAUAUCAAUUGGCACAAGUCACCCUGUCAAUUACACAAGUGAUGGCAUUUCUCUUGGAGCAUUGCAUGCUACUAAGAAGAACAUUGUGGUGGCAUGUAGUGCUGGGAACUCUGGCCCUGCCCCAGCUACAUUGUCAAAUCCAGCUCCAUGGGUCAUCACAGUUGGUGCUAGUAGCCUCGACCGGGCAUUUGUCUCACCUGUUGUGCUUGGAAAUGGCAUCAGACUUAAGGGAGAAACAGUGACCCCAAGCAAGCUGGAAGAGAAUAACAUGUACCCUUUAGUGUAUGCUGCAGAUGUUAUCAACACUGGUGUGCCCAAAGAUAUGGCAGGACAAUGCCUUCCAGGCUCUCUCUCACCUGAGAAGGUUAAGGGGAAGAUAGUGUUGUGCAUGAGAGGUAGUGGGAUGAGAGUUGGAAAAGGCAUGGAAGUGAAAAGGGCAGGGGGUGUUGGUUUUAUCUUAGGCAACAGUGCAGCAAAUGGGAUUGAAAUUGCAUGUGAUGCUCAUGUUCUUCCUGCCACUUCAGUGCUUCAUAAAGAUGCUAACAGAAUUCUUGAAUACAUAAACUCUACCAAGCAUCCAAUUGCAACUAUUAUACCAGCAAGGACAGUCUUGCAUACAAAGCCAGCUCCAUUCAUGGCCUCCUUCAGUAGCAGAGGCCCCAACGUCAUUGACCCUAACAUUCUGAAGCCGGAUAUCACAGCUCCGGGACUGAAUAUAUUGGCAGCAUGGAGUGAGGCUGAUCCACCUUCCAAGUUGAAUGGUAUCGAUCACCGAGUUGCUCAGUAUAAUAUCUACUCUGGAACUUCAAUGUCUUGCCCUCAUGUAGCAGCUGCAGCAGCACUUCUCAAAGCAAUCCACCCUAGUUGGAGCAGUGCUGCCAUAAGAUCUGCUCUCAUGACCACAGCUGAGAUAAGAAACAACUUGGAUAUGCCAUUGAAUGAUGAAUCAGGCAAUGCUGCUACUCCCUUUGCAUAUGGCUCUGGCCACUUUCGUCCCACCAAGGCAGCAGACCCUGGCCUUGUGUACGAUGCUUCAUACAGAGACUACCUUCUGCACAUGUGCAGCAUAGGAGGAUUCAAGGACGUCGACCUGAAAUUCAAGUGUCCAAGAUCACCACCCACAGCAACCAACCUGAACUACCCUUCCAUUGCAAUCUCCAAACUCAAUAGCGCCAUCACCAUAAAGAGGACAGUCACAAAUGUUGGAGGGGGCAAAAGCAUUUACUUCUUUACUUCCAAACCGCCUCUGGGAAUCUCAGUUAAGGCCUCCCCGAGCAUGCUGUUCUUUGAUCAUGUUGGCCAGAAGAAGAGCUUCACAAUAACAGUAAAAGCAAGAAAAGAGACGCUUAGCGAGCAUGACAAGGAUGAGUAUGUCUUUGGGUGGUACACAUGGACUGAUGGACUCCAUACUGUAAGGAGUCCCAUUGCAGUGUCUUUAGCUUAA